AUGACCAAAACCUCAGAAAAGAAAUCAUGGAUCCUCAAUGCCUUUGCGAUGUUUUCUCCUGGGCAUCUAUCGCCCGGGCUAUGGAAGAAUCCGCAAGAUCGCGCCGGUGAUUUCCUCGACCUGUCAUACUGGAUUGAAUUGGCGAAGGUUCUGGAGAAAGGGAAAUUCCACGGGCUGUUUCUGGCAGAUCAUCCUGGGAUCUACGAUGUGUACAAAGGCCCAGGGAAUAAAGAGCCUGCAUUGUUAUCGGGGGCGCAAUUUCCUAUCGGUGAUCCGUUCCUCCUAAUCUCAGCAAUGGCCUCCGUAACUACAUCUCUCUCCUUCGGCAUAACCGCAUCCACAACUUAUGAGACCUCGCCAUACGCCUUGGCUCGGAAGUUCUCGACUCUAGACCACCUUACCCAGGGUCGCGUCGGAUGGAACAUUGUCACCUCGUUUCUGGAUAGUGCAGCCAAGGCAUACGGAAUGGAUGAGCAGAUUCCUCAUGACGAACGAUAUGCGCGAGCGGAUGAGUAUAUGGAGCUCACUUACAAGCUGUGGGAGGGUACAUGGCGCGACGGGGCUGUCGUCAAGGAUCCGAAGACCGGCGUUUACAGUAAUCCUAAUCAGGUUCGUGCUAUUGAGCACAAUGGGAAGUAUUUUAAGAGUACGGCUGCGAGUCAGUUGCCUGCUUCGAAGCAGAGGACGCCGUUGCUUUUCCAGGCGGGGGCUUCGUCAGCCGGAAAGCGAUUCGCUGCCAAACAUUCCGAAGUGAUGUUCCUACCCGGCCUGGAGCCGGAGAAAACCAAAGCAGUGGUAGAUGAUAUGCGAAAGCACCUAGCCGAGAUAGGCCGCCCAACAGACAGCAUCAAGUUCAUCGCCGGAAUCCUCGUGAUCGUUGACGAGACCGACGAGAAAGCCCAAGCCAAAUACGAAGAGUACCUAGCGCAAUCCGACCUCGAAGGUGUAGCAACACUCUUCGGCGGCUGGACCAACAACGAUCUAUCCAAGUUCGAUGACGACGAAGACUUCUCCUUCACUGCCGUGGGGGGAAUCCAGUCUUUGAUCUCGAGCUGGUCGAAAACGGUUCCAAACUCGAACGGCCUGAAGUGGACGAAACGUCGCGUUCUGCAGGAAUUAGCGCUGGGUGGAGCCCACCCUCGGGCUAUUGGGUCGCCGAGUACGGUGGCGGAUAUUCUGCAGCGGUGGGUUGAUGUUGCGGAUGUUGAUGGGUUUAAUUUCUCCUAUGCGGUUUCGCCAGGGACAUUUGAGGAUAUGAUUGAGUAUUUAUUUCCGGAGUUGAGGAGGAGGGGCGUUAUUUGGGAUGAUUAUGAGGUGAAUGGUGGAUCGGCCAGAGAGAAUUACUUCCAGGAUGGGCUCGGGUCGAGACUGCGCGAGGGUCAUCCGGGAAGGGAGUACACUUGGAACUGA